AUGUCUCCAUGUUCAAUUAAAAUUACGUUCGCAUGUGCNGCCAGGGAUGAGGACUGGAAGCGGGUCCGGGAUAUAGCGAGCCCUACCUUCACGUCCGGAAAGAUGAGGAAAAUGUAUGCUCUGAUCAACCAUUGCGGCCAAGAAUUCAUCGAUAGCUUGGAUAAGGAUGUGUCGAAUGGUAUGAAUGAAAUCGAGUUGAAGCGAGUGAUAAGCGCCUACACUAUGGAUGUGAUCGCCAGCUGUGCCUUCUCUACCAAAAUCAAUACAUACGCCGACCCUAACAACCCGUUCACCACAAAAGUGGCUAAUAUAUCCAAUGCUCCCAAUUGGAAAAGGUUGUUGCAACUGACCCUGCCCACAUUUAUUGUAUCCAGUAAUAUAUACCGUAAGCAUUUAAGCACCGGUGGCUCUGACGCCGUCUUUUUUAUGGACUUCUCGCGAAGUCUUAUGAAGAAAAGGAGAGAUAAUAAGGAAAAAUACAACGAUUUUCUGCAGUUAUUAAUGAAUUCGGAGAGAAGUGAUGGCAAUGAAGCACAUCAUGUGAAUGAGGGUAAGGAUGAGAUCACAGCCGACGCCGAAGCCUUCACAGGAGUGUUGGAGAAGAAGUUGACUGAAGAACAGAUUUUAAAUAAAUGUUUCAGUUUUUUUAUGGCCGGUUAUGAGGGGGUGGCCACUGCUCUGUCGUUCUGUACGUAUGAGUUGGCACUCAAUCCUACACUUCAGGACAGACUCUAUGAGGAAAUCAAAGGUGUAUUCAAUGAAAAGGGAGAAAUGGAUUACUCAGUGCUGUCGAGACUACCAUUCAUUGACGCACUUCUGACCGAAACUCUUCGCCAUUAUUCUCCUGCACUUCGACUCGAGAGGCAAACCAUGGAAGACGUAACUCUGGGCGACACUGGAGUGAAGAUCGAGAAGGGAGUGAUCGUUGAGAUCCCAAUCUAUGCCAUACAUCACGAUCCCGACCACUAUCCGGAUCCAUUUACCUUCAACCCGGAUAGAUUUAUGCCCGAAAACCGGGAUCACAUCAAACCCUACACUUACCUGCCUUUCGGAUCGGGUCCACGAAAUUGCAUUGGAAUGCGAUUCGCGUUAUUGGAGGCAAAGCUCGCGUUAGCGAAGAUUUCACAGAAGUUCCGCUUUUCCAGAGUCACCGACACUGACGUCCCCGUCAUCUACACCAGGGGUGGGUUCCUAUUACAGGUCAAACCACUUGUUGUGGGCAUUCAGAAGCGAUAA